AUGUACCGGACUCUGGCAGUUACCGCUUCUUUUCUCCACGCAGCUCGCAGUCAGCUGGUGGGAACGCAGACGCAGGAAGUGCACCCUAAGUUGUCAUGGCAAUCUUGCACUGCCGCAGGAAGUUGUACCACCCAAAACGGCGAAGUUGUCGUUGAUGCCAACUGGCGUUGGCUUCAUACCAAGGAGGGUUACACGAACUGUUACACUGGCAACACUUGGGACACGAAAUACUGCCCCGACAAUAAGUCGUGCGCUGCCAACUGCGCCAUCGAUGGUGCGGAUUAUUCAGGCACUUAUGGUAUUACUACCAGCGGCAAUGCCUUGAAGCUCAACUUCGUCACCAAGGGCUCUUAUUCCACAAACAUUGGGUCACGUAACUACCUGAUGAAGGAUGAAAAAACCUACCAGAUGUUCAACUUCACGGGCAACCAAGAGUUUACGUUCGACGUCGAUGUCUCCAAGCUACCCUGCGGUUUCAAUGGCGCACUGUACUUUGUCUCGAUGGAUUCAGACGGUGGUAUGAGCAAGUACCCAGGUAACAAGGCUGGUGCCAAGUACGGAACUGGUUAUUGCGAUGCCCAGGCUCCAAGGGACCUCAAGUUCAUCAAUGGCGAGGCCAAUGUUGAAGGCUGGAAACCAUCAGCGACUGACCAGAAUGCCGGAGUUGGCGGUUAUGGUUCCAGCUGUGCAGAGAUGGACAUUUGGGAGGCUAACUCGGUCAGCACGGCAGUCACUCCACACUCUUGCAGCACGAUUGAACAAACGCGCUGCUCGGGCGAUUCAUGUGGAGGUACAUACUCGUCCACACGCUAUGCUGGAGUGUGCGACGCGGAUGGUUGCGACUUCAACAGCUACCGCAUGGGCGUCAAAGACUUUUACGGAAAGGGCAAGACUGUGGAUACAUCUCAAAAGUUCACAGUCGUUACACAGUUCGUUGGAUCUGGUGACAGCUUGGAGAUCAAGCGCUUCUACGUCCAAGGCGGCAAAGUUAUCCCUCAGCCCUCAUCCAAGAUUCCAGGAAUCGACGGCAACACCAUCAACUCCAAGUUCUGCGACCAGCAGAAGUCUGUUUUCGGCGACCCAACUGACUUUCAGAAGAAGGGCGGCAUGGGAGGCAUGGCCAAGGCUCUUGCUAAUGGUAUGGUUCUUGUCAUGAGCGUGUGGGAUGACCACAACAGCAACAUGCUGUGGCUCGACUCUACAUACCCCACCGACAAGAACCCAGAAAAGGACCUCGGUGUUGCUCGAGGAGAAUGCGCGACGACCAGCGGUGUACCAAAGGAUCUUGAGACCAAUAACGCAGAUGCUACGGUCACUUACAGCAACAUCAAGUUCGGUCCUUUGAACUCCACUUUCAGUGCGCAAUAG